AUGAUGCUCAUCAUCAGUCUUUCAAUAUCCAUCCUCUUCAUUCUAUGGUUUCUAUAUCAAAAUAAUAUAUUUGAUUGGCUAUGUUCAAUGAUUGUUACUUGUUCACAACGAUAUCGUUCCCACCGAUAUGCUAAGCGUAUAAUUUUAAUUCGACACGGUGAGAGCCAAGGCAAUCAAGAUUCGAAUAUUUAUGCAACAGUACCUGAUCAUGCUAUUGGUUUAACUGAAAAAGGACAAGCACAAGCACUCAAUUGCGGAAAUGAACUAAAAAAGCUUAUUGGAAAAAAUGAAACAAUAUUUUGUUAUGUUAGUCCAUUUCGUCGUUCAAGGCAAACAUGCGAACUAAUAUGUAAAGCGUUUCCAAACGAAAAUCUUGUUCAAAUUCGAGAAGAUCCACGUAUAAGAGAACAAGAAUGGGGAAAUCUUCAAAAUUUAGCCAGAAAAGAAAAAACAACAGCAGAGAGAAAAAUAAUUGGGCGAUUUUUUUAUCGAUUUGGAAAUGGUGAAUCAGGCGCUGAUGUAUAUGAUCGCGUUAGCUCAUUUAUGGACAGUUUAUAUCGUAAAAUGGAUUAUACUUUAAAACCAAACAAUAAUAUACUUAUUGUUAGUCAUGGCUUAUUUAUGAGAUUGUUCCUAAUGCGUUUCUAUCGUUGGUCAGUAGAGAAAUUUGAUACAUUGGAAAAUUUUGACAAUUGUGAUUAUUGUAUUUUGGAAAGAUGCGAUCAAAGUGGACGCUUUAUACUUAAAACAGAAUUAAAACUUUAUCCAGAAUAUAAAACAAUAGAAAACCUACAAAAUCUUCAUGAAGAAGUUACUCCAUCUAUACAUAUGGCAAAUAUCGAAAAAGAAGAGAAGAAAAAUGAUUAA